AUGGAGGUAAAUGUCAAAUACAGGAAAGAUGAAGGAAACCUUCUAGAUGAUCCUACUCUCUAUUGGCGCCUGGUUGGGAGUCUUAUCUACUUGACCACUACGCGACCUGAUAUCUCCUAUGCUGUUCAUCAGGUCAGUCAGUUUAUGUCUUCUCCUUGGCAUCUCCACCUUGCUGCAGUUCGACGCAUCAUUUGCUAUCUUCGAGGUUCACCUACUCGUGGGUUGUUCUUUCCUACUGGCUCGUCUCUUCAACUUGUUGCCUAUAGUGAUGCUGAUUGGACUGGGUGUCUAGAUACACGUCGAUCUACUACGGGUUGGUGUAUGUUUUUAGGUGAUGCCUUAAUUUCUUGGAGGUGUAAGAAACAAGAUCGUGUUUCUAAAUCCUCUACUGAGGCCGAGUAUUGUGCCAUGUCUACUGCUUGUUCUGAAAUUGUAUGGCUAUGCGGUCUUCUUGAGGAGCUUGGGUUUCCUCAGACUACUUCUACCCCUCUUCAUGUUGAUAACAUUAGUGCUAUUCAGAUUGCCACCAAUCCCGUUUUCCAUGAACGCACCAAGCACAUUGAAGUUGAUUGUCAUUAUAUUCGAGAUACCUUGGAAAGUCGGGUGAUAUCUCUUCCUCACAUCUCUUCUGAUCUCCAAGUGGCUGAUGUCUUCACCAAAGCUAUGACUCGACAGCAGCAUCAAUUUCUUGUUGGCAAAUUGUUGCUGGUUGACUUACCAGCAUCAAUUUGA